AUUCCAUACAAUACCCUUGCUUCGAUCUUGGCUUCAUCAUCUUCAAGUAAAGUGAGAAGAAAAAAAAAAAAUGCAAGGAGGAUCAUCGGGCAUUGGCUAUGGACUCAAAUAUCAGGCAAGGUGCAUAUCAGAUGUGCAAGCAGACACGGAUCACACCAGCUUCAUCACUGGAACUCUCAGUCUCAGAGAAGAAAACGAGGUGCAUUUGCUUAGGUUAUCUUCAGGUGGAACUGAAUUGAUAUGUGAAGGGUUGUUUUCGCAUCCUAAUGAGAUCUGGGAUCUCUCUUCUUGUCCUUUUGAUCAACGCAUUUUCUCCACUGUUUUCUCUACUGGUGAGUCAUUUGGAGCCGCGGUGUGGCAGAUUCCUGAGUUAUAUGGCCAAUUAAAUUCUCCGCAAUUGGAAAGGAUUGCGUCUCUUGAUGGACAUGUUGGGAAGGUUAAUUGCAUUCUCUGGUGGCCAUCUGGAAGAAAUGAUAAGUUGAUAAGCAUUGAUGACGAAAAUCUUUUCUUAUGGAGUUUAGAUUGUUCGAGAAAAGCAGCCCAGGUGCAAUCGAAGGAGUCAGCAGGUAUGCUUCAUUACUUAUCUGGUGGAGCCUGGGAUCCACAUGAUGUGAAUGCUGUUGCAGCAACUUGUGAAUCCUCUGUCCAGUUUUGGGAUUUACGGACAAUGAAGAAAACAAGCUCUAUUGAGUGUGGCCAUGUGCGCGACGUCGACUAUGACACCAGGAAGAUGCAUAUACUGGUUACUGCAGAGGAUGAAUCUGGGAUACACAUAUGGGAUCUUAGAAUGCCAAAGGUUCCUAUAAAUGAGCUUCGUGGACAUUCACAUUGGACAUGCGCUGUCACAUGUAACCCUGAAUAUGAAGGACUGAUUCUGAGUGGUGGUACAGACUCGACUGUCAAUUUUUGGUUCGCUUCUACAAGCAGUGAUGAGUUCACAUCUGGAAGUAGUGUGGUUGCGUCACCAACUCAGAAACUCGAUCCGUUGCUGUACUCAUUCAAUGACUAUGAAGACAGUGUCUAUGGGCUUGCUUGGAGUUCUCGGGAACCUUGGAUUUUUGCAUCUUUAUCCUAUGAUGGGAGGGUGGUUGUAGAAUCAGUAAAGCCUUAUCUCCCCAGAACAUGAAUUCAUCACGGAUUUCCCCACGUUAAACCAUCUUGUGGCGGUUUCCACUAACACAGCAGUGCAAAUUCUAAUGGGUGGCUGUCAAGAAUCUGUUCUAGCGCAACAUUGAAGUCUUCUCAUCAUGUCGGUGCUCAGUGAUGCAUGUUGUGCUGUUAAGAUGCGGAAGAGCUUCAUUCGACGCUCUAUCUUACCAUGCAUGUAUGUAUACAAACUCUGCAAAAGGAACAAAUUUAUAUUCAAUGGAAUCCACGAGGACACGAUUUGCCAAAUUUCAACUGUAUGGUCAUCUUAAAUCUAUAAAUCUAUCAUUUGAGAUCA